UCUAACAGUCGACAGGCCCUGGCAUCACAGGUUGAAACGAACCCCUAAAAUAAUUUGGAAGUGGCAUUACAGUCGGUGGUAAAAUGGGAUCGGGAUUGGGAUGGGAUGAGGGUCUCUUCCGCUACAGCCUGCUGUCUCUCCUCCUCGCCGGCCCUCCCACCGCCCUCUCCCUCCGCUUCCUCCAAGCCCCCUACGGCAAGCACCACCGUCCAGGGUGGGGACCCGCCAUGUCGCCGCCUCUCGCCUGGUUCUUCAUGGAGAGCCCCACGCUCUGGCUCACCCUCCUCCUCUUCCCCAUGGGCCGCCACCGCUCCAACCCCCAAGCCCUGAUCCUCAUCUCCCCUUUCCUCCUCCACUACCUCCACCGCACGUGCAUCUACCCGCUCCGCCUUCGCCGCCCCUGCAACGGGUUCCCGGUGACCGUGGCCCUGAUGGCCUUCGUCUUCAACCUCUGGAACUCCUACGUCCAGGCCAGAUGGGUCUCCCACUACGCCAGCUACGAGAACGAUCGGUGGUUCUGGGUGCGGUUUUCAGGCGGGCUGGCGCUUUUCUUGAGCGGUAUGGCGGUGAAUGUGAGAUCGGAUAUAGCUCUGGUGGCUCUGAAAGGGAAAGGCGAGGGUGGGGGAGGGUAUCAGAUACCGAGGGGAGGGUGGUUUGAGCUCGUGAGCUGUCCCAACUAUUUCGGGGAAGUUGUGGAGUGGUUGGGCUGGACCGUGAUGACUUGGUCUUGGGCUGGUCUUGGGUUUUUCCUCUACACCUGUUCCAACCUGGUGCCUAGGGCUCAGGCCCAUCACAAGUGGUACUUGGACAAGUUUGCGGAGGACUAUCCCAGAGGAAGAAAAGCCGUUGUUCCAUUCGUGUACUGACUGAGAGCAUUGACGAGGUCUGGAUCUGUUUUCUUGGUUUGGUGCAAUCUGAUUCAGAUGAUUCUCUGCCAUGGAAGUAAAUGGAACAUGCUCUGUAUGGGAAUGUUAUUGAUAAUGGUGGCCUGACUUCAGCAAGAAAGCAAGUUCGGAGUUUCAGAUCCUAUAAAGGUUCUUCACAUUAUUUCUUCUGUUGGAAAUUCAGUCAGUUAUUUGAUGGCUGAUGACCAAGAGUCUCCUAAUGUUGGAUUGUAUUAAAUGCAUUAUUUGGGGUCUAUUGCCAGCUGUGUCAUCUGAAAGCUCAAGCUGUUUGAGUGAGUGAGAGUUUCAUCUUUUAUGUUGUUAUUUUUAGUCUCAACACAUGGCAUUCAAGCAA